GAUCAGCUGGAUUGUAAACAUGAAGGAGAGUCCAGUGGAUGUGACUCUAGAUCCUGAUACAGCACAUCCCAAACUCAUCCUGUCUGAAGAUGGGAAACAAGUUAUAUUUGGAGAUGUAUGGCAGGAUCUCCGUGACAACCCAGAAAGGUUUGAUACUUGUGUCAGUGUCCUGGGAAAAGAGGGUUUCUCCUCAGGGAGAUUCUACUAUGAUGUUCAGGAGGGGAAGACAAGGUGGACUAUAGGAGUGGCCAGAGAGUCCAUCAACAGGAAGGGGAAGAUUACAGUGAGCCCUGAAAAUGGAUACAGGACACUGUGGCUUAGAAAUGGAGAGUACAAGGCUCUCUCUGGCCCCUCUGUCCCCCUCUCCCUGAGAGAGAAGCCCCAGAAGGUAGGGGUGUUUGUGGAUUAUGAGGAGGGCCAGGUCUCCUUCUAUAAUGUGGAGGCCAGGUCUCAUAUCUACUCUUUCACUGGCUACACCUUCACUGGCUACACCUUCACUGGGAAACUUUAUUCAUAUUUUAGCCCCUGUCUUAUUGACGGAGGUAAGAUCUCAAACUUGUGUGUGGGUGUGGAUAGGUGUGUGUGUGCGUAUAUGUGUGCAUGUGCGAACAUGUGAGUUUGGGUACAUGUGUGUUUGUCUGCAAGUGCAAGAGCAACUGUAAAACCCCCUGAAUCAAAUCAUUCUGAAUUAUUGGCUGUCGUUGGUGAGGAAGAGUAAUUAACUACUCAAACAGGCUGCUACUGAUUGGCUGUGACAUGCGUUGGUCUUUCUCAAGGGGGCUAUCAGAUAUUUCUUCACUCAGGUCACGUAACAUAAAUUACUCAUUCAGGCUGGAGUUAAAUCAGGAAGAAACAACAUCAUAAUCAAUCAAUGAAAGAUCAAUCAACUCUGGUAACCGUCCCAGGGAGUGGGUCUGGGAGGGCUAGUGUGUGUGUCUGUAUGUGUCCGUUCGUGCCUGCGUGUGUGUAUUUAUAGACUGUCUAAUGUGUGGUAAGAUACUGAGUGUCAGUUCAUCAGCAUCCUUGUCAAUGCUCAUCUGAUAUCCUGGCCCUUACCCAUUAGGCUCUGUAGACAGUAUUAAAUGAGUUGCUAUCAGGAAUAUGUUUUUCCCCUCUACAACACAUCAUUCUAUCUGCCAUGACCAAAUAUACAGUAAAUAAAGAUAGUUCUGUCUGGCCAUUUACCAUUUAAAAUGUAUUUUAUGGUCUACUUAAAGGAAAAAUCCACCCAAAACCACUCAUUCCUAUAAAUUACAGUGUUAAAUAAGAGAACAAUAUUUUUUUGUGAAAAAAUGUUAAUUUUGGCUUUAUAAUAAGGUUGGUAGCAACAUGUGAAUAACGUUGUGUCUGUUGCAGCUCGAGUUGACUACAAAAUCCCCAAUGCACUGCUCUCUCUAUGGGCUGGUUGCCUAGCUAGCAAACGUAGCUACACAAAAUAAUACCAAAGACAAUGUCAGCAUGUGAAGUAGCUAGUUAGCUGUAAAAUCACCUAAACAAAUUGCACUAUCAAUUUAGGAGUCUACAAUCUCACCAUGUUCAACCUGCAGAUCGAUGUGCCUCACAGAGUUGAGUCAACGGCAGAGAUACUUUUGAGGAGAUGGGAAAUUCCAUUGGAAUCACAUUGUGCGACAUAUGUCGCCCAUGUAUGUUGACCAUGUAUGUCAACGUGCCACGCUGUGCAUUCUGGGCGAUUCUGAGAUAAGGAGAGCUCUCCUUCAUGGAGUGAAUGGGAGUGAAUUGGGUGAUUGCUCAAAAACCCAACAUGAGCAUGAA